AUGGAAACCUGCGUUCUGAUACCCAAAGAAUUUUCCUUGGCAUUAGCUAACGAUCGAUCCUCUUACAAGGGUCUCUUCAAGAAUGAUUCAGGAAACUUAGUCACCGAUGUCAGGAUAUCCGUAUGGUCGAAUGUACUCAUCCCUUCUGGAACGCUGAUUUACCCCUUUCAGGGAUCGAUCCGAUUCGACAAGAUCGACCUUUACUCUCUUCUCGAUGACAAUGAUAUCAGACGCGAAUAUGGCUGCUACGACGAAGUAUUCUUUUCAAAUUACAAUUUCAACAAACGUCAGUGUAACUGGAUAAGAUUCCUUCGUAUAGUUCAAUCUUACAACGAACAAGUAAAUUUAGUUGGUACUAAAGUGAAAGGGGAUCCAAUCUUUGAAGUAAUAAAAGAUGUUCAACCGGAUACGGAAUUAGUGGCUUGGUUUCUUCCUACGGCUGAACAAGAUUUUGUUCUUAUUCCACACGACAUGUGCUCGAGGUCGGCUCUAUACAGAUGUACUAUUGAUUCCAUUUUAGAUGAAUCCCCAUUAGAUUUAUCAAUGGCGUUACUCUCUCAUCAUUCAUCAUCAGCCAUUUCGCAUUCGUAUUACGAGAUGGACGAAUACGAAUCAACAUCCGAGGAGUCCUCGUCAUCAACAUUAUCCUUGACGAGCGAUCAUUUAGAUUGCAGUAUCCUGACGACGAUUAAAAGAGGAGAGAGGGUUCUGUUACCCUGUGAAGUCUGCGGGAAAUCCUUCGAUCGGCCGUCGCUUUUAAAGCGUCACAUGAGAACUCACACAGGAGAGAAACCACAUGUUUGUAUGGUGUGCAACAAGGGCUUCUCCACAUCAAGUUCCUUGAAUACGCACAAGAGAAUCCACAGCGGUGAAAAACCCCAUCAAUGCCUUGUUUGCGGUAAGAAGUUUACGGCCUCCUCCAAUCUCUAUUAUCAUCGGAUGACUCACAUAAAGGAAAAGCCACACAAGUGUUCACAAUGCUCCAAGUCGUUCCCUACGCCCGGAGAUCUUAAAAGUCAUAUGUAUGUGCAUAAUGGACUGUGGCCAUUCAGGUGCCAUAUUUGUAGCCGUGGUUUCAGUAAACCUACCAAUCUCAAAAACCACAUGCUACUGCAUCUUGGCAGAUGCUCCAAUAAGAAAAUCGUCAAAUCUAUAUCAGACUACUGACAAUAAUAUCGGACCAUUUUUCAACAGAA